AUGCUCACAUACCGAAAGUCGCUCAUUGCGGCCCUCUGCCUGAUCACCUUCGUCGUCCUUCUAAGAUCCUCCCAUUCGACUUCCUCCCCCUCGCCAUCCCCUGCACCCGUAUACGUUCCCGAGGAGGGCAUCCACAACACCAAUGAAGUAACGGAGGAGCACUCGCCAGGGCAGAAGAAAGACGCUAUACAACAGCCCCUCAAACCCUCCCCGAGCGCACCCUUGCGCGAACGGUUACGCUACCAUUUCCCUUACGAUCUUGAUAAGAAAUUCCCCGCAUACAUCUGGCAGACAUGGAAAUAUACCCCCGACUCAGUGUGGUUCGGCCAAGAGCUGCGCGGCGCGGAGGCAAGCUGGACUGAGCUCCACCCCGGCUUCGUCCAUCAGGUGGUUCCGGACGACACCCAGGGUUACCUCAUCAAAUACCUAUAUAGCUCGCUUCCGGAUGUGUUUGAAGCCUAUGAGUCCUUGCCGUUGCCCGUUCUGAAAGCCGACUUCUUCAGGUACUUGAUCCUGCUGGCCCGCGGCGGAAUCUAUAGCGACAUCGACACCAGCGCUUUGAAGCCGGCUGCCGAUUGGCUGCCCGCGACCUACGACCUGUCCACGAUCGGGUUCGUGGUCGGUAUCGAGGCGGAUCCCGACCGUCCAGAUUGGCAUGACUGGUAUUCACGGAGAAUCCAAUUCUGUCAAUGGACCAUUCAAUCCAAACCGGGCCAUCCGAUCCUCCGCGACAUCGUGGCCUACAUCACGGAAGAAACAUUGCGCAUGAAGAAGGCCGGGAUCCUCAAGGUCGGCAAGAUGGAUAAGACCAUCGUGGAGUUCACCGGACCGGGCGCGUGGACAGACGCCAUCUUCCGAUAUUUCAACGACCCAGAUUACUUCAACAUCGAACCCGAUUCGAACCACAACAUCACCUACGAGGAUUUCACAAACCAAAAAGACUGGAGAAAGGUCGGCGACGUGGUGGUUCUACCCAUUACGAGCUUCAGCCCCGGCGUUAUGCAAAUGGGUGCAGGCGAUUACGAUGAUGAAAUGGCCUUCGUCAGGCACGACUUUGAAGGAACAUGGAAAACAGACCCAUCAUUAUAA